AUGGAGCCCCGGCGGCGGGCGGCGGUGCUGGCGGUGCUCGCCGUGGCCCUUGCGGCGGCGGCGACGGCGGCGGAGGCGUACAACAUCACCAAGAUCCUGGCGGAGCACCCGGAGUACUCGCAGUUCAACAAGCUGCUCACGGAGACGCGGCUGGCGGCGGACAUCAACAAGCGCCGCACCAUCACCGUGCUCGCCGUCGCCAACGGCGACAUGGGCGACCUCGCCGCCAGCGGACGCACGCUGCAGACCAAGCGACACAUGCUCCAGAUGCACGUCCUCGUCGACUACUACGGCGGCAAGAAGCUGCACCAGCUCGCGCACGGGGUCACCGCAUGCUCAACCAUGUUCCAGGAGUCCGGCGCAGCCCAAGGCAUGUCCGGGUACGUGAACAUCACGCAGCGCCGCGGCGGGAAGGUGACCUUCACGGCUGAGAACGCCGAGGACAGCUCGUCGCCGUCGACCUACGUCAAGACCGUGAAGGAGAUCCCCUACGACCUGGCGGUGCUCCAGGUCGACAGCGUGCUGGCGUCCCCCGAGGCCGAGGCGCCCGUGGCGGCGCCGGCGCCGGUCAACAUCACGGAGCUGCUCUCCAAGAAGUACUGCAAGAGCUUCGCGGGCCUGCUCGCCGCCGACGCCGAGGCCUUCAGCAACAUCAACGCCACCAAGGACAACGGGCUCACGCUCUUCUGCCCCGUCGACUCCGCCGUGGCCGCCUUCAUGCCCAAGUACAAGAACCUGACGGCCAAGGGCAGGACGGCCAUCCUGCUCUUCCACGCCGUGCCGGACUACUACUCCCUGCAGCUCCUCGAGUCCAACAGCGGCAAGGUGAGCACGCUGGCCACGUCCAACGUCGCCAAGAAGGACUACAGCUUCGACGUCGAUAAGGACGGCGACACCGCGUCGCUUGACACCAAGGUGGGCAAGGUGGCGUCGGUCACGGCCACCGUCAAGGACGACGACCCGCUCGCCGUCUACGCGAUCUCCAAGUUCCUGCAGCCCAAGGAGCUGUACAAGGUCGCCAAGGACCUGGCCCCGGCGCCGGCGCCCGCGGGGCCCAAGAAGAAGACCACCAAGAAGAAGCCCUCUGCGGCCUCCUCCCCCUCCGACGACGACGACGAAUCCGCGGACUCGCCCGACACGUCCGACGAAGACGCUGCCGACAAGGACAAUGCGGCCGCACCGUCCGUGCUCGCCGGGUGGGUGGCGACGGCCGCCGCGGCCACCGUCGCCGCGUUGGCGCUCGCUGCAUAAGGUGUGAAUCAGUAGUGUGGUCGGCGCCCGAGUUCUCGUUUUUGUCUCUGUCCAUUCGGUCGUCUCCCUUGUUAUUAGUGCGGAAAAUAAGAAGCGCUAUUUUAUUCUUAUUUAUUACUCUUGCAUUAAGAAGAAGAAAAGAAGAAAGGAUAAAACUACAACGAACAGCGUGGUUCUUGCUGUUUGAAUUUUUUUGUUUUAUUUUUGUUGUUGUGAUCUUUUUGUAAUGGUAGUGGUCUCUGGGAUUGGAGUGUGUUUAUAUGAUUUCCCCGUAUAUAUAUGCAAAACACGGUCAAGUCU